AUUUUUUAAAGUUGAUCAUAAAAAACUACCACCAAAAACUCGGAUUCAACCUCUUACGUCGAACUCACGAUUCGAAAGCAAACCCGAGUUCAACACAUUCUGGAAAUGUCGAACUCACUCCCCGACCUCCAUAGCCAUCUCUCUCAAUUAAGGAAGCCAAUCCUCGACUCGCUCUCGAAAACGCCAUAUACUCCUCAAGAAACCUCAACAAUCUCCCUAAAAUCAACGCUCGAAUCUCUUCUCUCAAUUGAAUCACCAGUCAAAGACUUUGCCUUAGCUUGCGCAUUACUCUCCUCUUCUCGUUGUUCCACUCACGAGCUUCUCACAUGGAUCCCCAGCCAACUUUCGACCGCCGCGGAAAUCGCCUUUUCCGACCUUUCCCAAGCUUACAUCGACGCCCUUCCUGGCCAUGAGAAGAGAAAUUUGGCGGGGGAAUUAAUGCCGGAAAUCUUACCAGUUUUGAAGGACAAGAUUAAGGAGAGCUCGAUUGACAAGAGUGAUGAAACCGACGAAUUUUCCGCAGCGUCGGCUAGGGCUCCCGUAGGUUUCGCCAUUUUGGCUGCUUAUCAAUUUAGAUGGUUUGUUUCUCAGAUUGAAUAUCCAGAUUUGGGUAAAAUGAUAAUUUUGGUUGUUCCUUGUGCGUUAACUUGUCUCGAUCACUGGUCGCCGGAGGUGAAAGGGCAGGGGAUGAUUAGCUUUAUACAUGUAGCAAAAAAUGUGAAAGCAGUGGAGCUUGAUUCGUAUGGAGAUGUGAUUCUUGAUGCUUGCUGCCAGAACAUUGCUUCUGAUGAUGAGAUAUGGCAAUAUGUUGUGGAGAUGUCAGUGCUACUCGUUACUUGUAUUCAAAGAGACAAUCCCCGUAGUUUGUGGUUUGAGAAGAUGCUGAAUGAGAUGUUGAGCCAUUUGGAGCGGCAGCCAAGGAAUAAGGAGCGACGUAUUGCUUGGCUUAAACUUAUUGAGCCAAUCUUCAAUUCUAUUGGCCUUCUAAUAUUAGCCCAUAUUAGGCGUAUUUUCCCACUAUUCUUUCAGUGGAUGCAUGUUGAUGAUGAUGAAACUAUUUUACUGGUUCUCAAACGAGUUCAAACAGUUGUCCGGUUAACAUGGUUACGGCAUACACCAUACGUUGAAAGAUUGCUAGAUGAACUUGUGGUAUUAUUCAAAGAAGCAGCACUGAGAAAGGCACGUGAAACAAUUCGAACUGAUAUUCGUAAUCUACUAAUCAUGCUUCAGCAAUGCAAAGGUCUACAGUUUGAAAAAGCCUGGAACAAGCACCAGGAUGAUCCCAACUUGACCUCCCUGGCUUGUAAUCUAUCAGCAAGCAGAGAAUAGACCCGAUGUCAAGCCUAAAGAGGGAAGUGAACUUAAAAGGUAGAGGAGACAAAAUCAAAGGCAGAGAUGAUUGAAAUCGAUGAUUAAACUGAGCCAUAAAGUUGGAGAUGAUGUGGGAUCCAGGUCAAGCCAAAAGAGGUAAUAGAAAUUGAUGAAACUAAAUCUCAAAGAAGCGAAGACACAGACUUGCACAUAACCUUUUUUGUGUAAAUCUCUGGAGUCUGGUCGGUGUCUAAGAUUUAGGAUGUGAAGAUGUUAUAGGAAAUGGUAGGUUUAAUGAUAUCAUGCUUAGUGAUAACAUGCAUACAUGUAACCUUUGAUACGAGCAAGAAAAAAAAAACACCACCAUAGUUUUUAUUACUUUGUGAACGUAAAGGAUUAACAAAUUAUGGAUUCUUAUCA